UAGGAAUCAGAAAGAAUUCUUAAAUUUUAAUUAUUUUAUAAAAUAUGAAAAACACUUUCCAGACGCUUGCAACCCUGUGAGCGGUUGACGUGUAAUGUAAACUGUCAGAUAUCAGACUGCCGACGAAAAUAAUCAACUUACAAUGGAAGGUUUUAUGAUGGAGCCCACACUUAACUUAAUCAAAGGCAUGUGCAUUAUGGACAAUGAUGGCAACCGCAUAUUGGCCAAGUACUACGACAAGAAUGUGUUGCCCACAGUGAAGGACCAGAAGGUGUUCGAAAAGAACCUUUUCAGUAAAACACAUCGAUCCAAUACAGAAAUCAUUAUGUUGGAUGGUCUCACCUGCGUCUACAAAAGUAAUGUUGAUUUGUUUUUCUACGUAAUGGGUAGUGCAUACGAGAAUGAGUUGAUCUUACUGUCCGUAUUGAAUUGCCUAUAUGACACGAUAAACUUGAUACUGAAGAAGAAUGUAGAAAAGCGUUUGGUUUUGGAUAAUCUCGAGAUAAUCAUGCUGGCAUUCGAUGAGAUCUGUGACGGCGGAGUUAUCCUGGACGCGGAUCCAAUGUCAGUAAUUAAACGUGUUGAUUUGCGCAAUGAUGACAUUCCCAUCGCCGAACAAACCGUCGCGCAGGUGUUGCAAUCGGCGCGCGAACAGUUCAAGUGGUCCAUACUUAAGUGAGCCGAGUUUGUGUAGAUCUGAUGUGACAGAGGAGGCAAAAAUAACGUUUUUUAUCUAUACACAAUAAUAUAAUAAGUUGACUUUUCCGAAAAGCGCAGUACAUUCGAUUUUUAUUGUAAUCAUAUUAUAAUUUAAUACCAUAUACAAAGAAUAUAUAGCAAAGUAUGUCGGCAUUUA